UUUCAUUCCAUGGUUUCAACGUAAAUAAAUAUGAACUGAUACACACUGAAAGGAAGCUACUAAAAGAAACGUUAUAAACAGAAAUUAAAAAAAAUGGUUCUAAAGAAAUCAAAAAAUGGAAUAAAUUCAGGGAAUACUCAUAGAACAUGCAACACAAAAUAUCAUCGCAAAUACGAUCGUCGUUUAAGUUUGCUAUGGAGUUCAUCGGAUCCCGAAAUCUCUUGUAGUGUACUAGAAGACCUCGAUAUCGUUGCAAACGUGCCAUAUUCUCUGAAUAAAAAAGGAAGGUGGAACCUAGUGGAUAUGGUGAAGGGAUUCAUUUCAGCUGACAAGACUAUUAAUGAAGAUCAGUCAGUUAGAAUAAUAAGUUCAUAUGACAUGUGCAUGUCAAAUCACACUAAAUUUCUCUGUAAAUCAAAACCAAAUGGAAAAUUGAAAACAACUUAUAGUAGGAAGGAAAGGUUGAUAAAUGGUCAAUCUACCGUUACAGAGGAAUCAAAAAGAUCUUCAAAAACAGUUGAUGUUCAAGUUGAGUUUCUUUCUCCAUGCCGCCCAACAAAUAAUAUAUACCAUAGUCAUAAAUUUAUAGGACUAGUGGACGAAACAAAUUGCAUAAAAUUGAACAAUUUUAAUAGACGCAAUCAGAUCAGAAAAUCUACAAGACUGGACAUUCCUGUUCUUCCUAAAAAUUAUGGAUCAGGUAAAAAUUAUGGAUCAGGUAAAAAUUAUGGAUCAGGUAAAAAUUAUCCGCAGAAAAGUUUUACAAACAGCUUCCAUUAUUCUAUUGAUGAAUUUGCAAUUACAGAAGACAGUGCAAUGCAAUUUUCUCCAUACACACAUACAAGUUCUGUUCAUAGGCAGUCCUCUUGUGUUUUGUGCUUUGCACGAUCAGUUGCUUCUCUCACUUCAAGUAAGUUUAAAAAACAGAAUAAGAAAAAGAGGGAAAUUAAUCAGAGCGACCAAAAAUCAUUGUUAUUAAGAAAGGAAAUCAAUCCUCUUAACAGGUUAAAUUCGCCGCCAGUCAAUCAAUCUGGAACUGAUGCAGUUUCACCGGCAAUAGAUCAACCGACCAGAAUGGAUCAUGUUUUCGUUAUGAUAUCUAAACAAGAAACACAUCCUGUCAAUUUAAGAAGGACAUUUGGUAGCAACUAUAUUGAAUGCCCUUGUAAACCACACACAUUUAUAAUAAAUGUAACACAAAUGCUAGAAAAACACUUGAAAAUAUCCGAUUGGUGGCGUGGUAAUGAUGUACAUAAAUGGGAAUUGUGUUCAUGUAUAACAUUUUGCAGAGAUAAAUCUGAAAGUUUUGAAACGGACUCCCAUAACAGAUACAAAGUUUGUCUAAAUAUGGUAUCGAAAAAUAAUGUUGGUAAAAUUCUGACAUUAUUUGACAAUUGCCAAGAAAGUAUUUCAGAGAUAGUGCAAAGAGCAGUUAACUAUAUAGACAUGUUAUCAGGAUCAGAUUUUAUUGAAAAGGAGCACGAAUCAAAACAAACAUCGAAAGAUCCAAACUUCAAAAUUCUGAAUAUGUUUUUAAAAGUUGACAUUAAAACACACUCGAUUUCUGCACAGUCUCUCUUCAUGGAUAUUUUUCAAUCAACAGUUCCUCAAACCGGAAUCGUGUUAAAUAAUGACGUCACACUAAGUGACGAAUGUGAAAUUUGUUUCGAUUUGAUAUCGCAUGAACGAAAACCCAGUACAAUGCUUGAGGCAUGUAAACAUGUGUAUUGUAACGACUGCUGGACUGAGUAUAUCAAACAUCGAAUGCAAUUGGCCUCCGUAAACAUUUCCUGUCCGGGUCGUGGAUGUCAAGAAAUAGUUCCUGAUUCAGUCCUCUUAAUAUUUUCUAAUAUAACCGACGUCAUUUUCCUAAAACGAAGACGAAACGAGCUAGUUAUGAACUCAACUGGUCAGACAAAGUGGUGUCCAAACCGAAAAUGUAAUCAGGUAAUCACAGUGGCAAACACAGAUGAAGCAACAAGUAUUGCAUGUAAGUGCGGAAUUCAGAUUUGUUUUAAAUGUUUCAGAAAUGCUCAUUGGCCGUUGUCUUGCGAGUAUUUGCUCAUUUACCAAAAGCGUCUUAAACAGGGAUUGUGUUCUAACAUUAAAUUACCCCAAAUAACCGAGAAAGAUGAAAACAGAAAACAGAACUGUCCUGAAUGCAAUAUUUUGAUUGAAAAGAUAGGAGUUGGAAUUUACAUGACAUGCAUAUGCGGAACCAUGUUUUGUUGGGGCUGCUUAAGUAUAUACCCAAAGCACACUUUUUCCAAACGAUGUACUGAAAACCCGAAGAAUGACAUCGGUACUUCAAAAUUAUAUGCCAAAUAUAUUUUGUUCAAUCAAAACCGUUCUCUGAACAAGGAAAACUUUUCAUAUUUUAAAAUGGCACUGUCUCAUCGUAACGUUUCAAAGGACCGUCAAAACCUAUUGAAAAUAAAAGCCAGUGUACGACAAAUUAUGAACCAAAGUAAAAGUAUACCACAAAAAAGAUGCUCUUUGUACCUAAAUAUAAUAUCAAGAUUUGAAUUAGCAGAUGGCAGAAUUCUUUCUUCUCGAAAGCACAAAAUAGAAGAAAAGAUUGCUGGUGCAUUGUGGGAAUUGUUUAAUGUUUUUACAGAUUUCCACCACAUCGCUGAGUAUAGUUUUAUGUUCCUCGAAGAGUUGAGUCAGUGCUCCUUACAUAAACAAAUUCUUCAUGUUCCUACACACAUCAAUCAGCUAAGUUUGUUCGCUGAAAACAUAGCUCUCCUGGUUCGAACGUCUGAUGAUUUAAUUGACCAUCGUUUACUAAUUGAGUCCCUUCUGAUGCUCGAAAAACAAUGCCAGAAUGAAAUGAGACAAUUUUUACAGGUUAUAAAUAAACUUAAGUAGUAUACAAAUUGCUUUGUAAUCAUUUAAAAUCAUUUAUAAUGGAAAAGUAUGGAUAGAAACGCAAGUUAGCCUAUAUAUAUAUAUGAUCCGUUCAUCCUAUUUUAUAUUAUAUAAAAUAAUUAAAUAUAUACAUACAAGUCUAAAUUCAAAACAACGUUCAAACCUAUGAUUGCGUUGGAUAAAAGCCGCAAUUUUUAUACGUGUGCAUGCAAAAGAAAUUUCUUGGUAGAGUGGUCUAAACACAGCACAAACAACAUUUUCCAAAAGACCAAAAAGUGAAAAAGUAUAUUUUAACAAAACGCAUUUGACUAGCAGGUCGAACAACGGAUGUUCUUAAACCCUGCUGACUGCCAUGGCAAUUGCCAAAUAAACGGAUCACCAGAUGUAAAAAUGGAUCUUUAUUAUUAAUUUAAUACCAAAACAGAAAACAAUAAACUUGCGGCAAAGAUGGUAUACCGCAAACAUGAGGUGCAAAAAUUUGUACACCAUAUCCGGAUUUCGACAAUUAAUGUCUCUUCAGUGAUGUUAGGAAUCGAAACGGUAUUUGGAAGGCCAUAUAGUUUACCUCAAUUUGGGAUUGACUCAAAGAGUCAAAAUAGGAUGAACGGAUCAUAUAAACCCGAAGGCAAAUAUAAUACAAGCCCAAACGAAAAAAUAUAAACAAGUCUAAAUUAAAAACAACUUUCAAACCUAUGAUUGAGUUGGAUAAAAACCGCAAUUUUUAUAGGUGUGCAUGCAAAACAAAUUUCUUGAAAGAGGGGUCUAAAUACAGCACAAACAACAUUUUCCAAAAGUCAGAAAAAUGAUCUGACUUUAUAGGGAUUUUGUCUUUAAUUCAUUUUAUUUUAUUUUAUACAAUUUAUUCUAUUAAACCGUGUGGACACGCAGCAGUAAAUCAUAAUGAAAGAUGAAACGAUAAAAGACAUAUGAUCGGAUGCUACAAAAAUGGCGAACAAAGCAACAUGCAGCAAUAAGGUUAUGCUCAUCGUUGUAUUUGGCAAGACAAUCUAACCCACACACAUGUGGUUUGAAAGGUGUUUUAUUAAAUUUAGCUGAACGUUGUUUUAAAGUUCCCAUCAAUGAAGUAAUACAUAUUGUUGAAAAUUGUAGUCUCUUUUAUCAUUUCAAGUUUGGUAUUUUGUUAUGUCGAAAUAAAGUAGUUAGGACUUUAUCACCCCUCUCAGACUAAAGGCGUAUUCUCUUUAGUCCUCUAUCUAUUUUGAAGAACAAAAUGAGUUUCAACUCUGAAAGCUCUGCCCAAAGAUUAAAUUGUGCAAUCAAUUGCAAAUUGAAUCUUGAUUGCGCACGAAUUCGUUAACUGAUUGUUUGCAACGUGUAAGUCAAGAUUUUUAAAAUUCUUCUUGAUUCAAGUGGUUUUAAAUCGUUCAGUAAACAUUUUUUUGAAAAAGGGAUUUGAAACAUUUAAUGCACAUAUUUGACAAUUAGGGGUAAACGUUGCAGUGCGGGUUACAAUUGUUUUUAAACCAUAAGACACAGUUUAAAAAAAUAAACAAACAUGACAUCAAUACCUCCUGAAAAAUAUCUCAGCUAGACAUUCAAGCUGGUAAUCCAGUAUGUUAUUGAUUAAUUUUAUAUACUUUCUAUAUUAGUAUAGGCUCAAAAAUAAAGAUAAUACCUGAAAUAGUUUAAGAUGAAUGACUAUGUACAGGUCUUUGAAAGACAGAGAACAGUUGAUAAGACAUUAUGAUCAUCAUGUAAACAAACAAUUUAAAUAACACGUCUUUCAGUCGAAAACCUCAGAGUACAUUUAUUGUACUCAGACGCAGAACCAAUCAAUCAAAAUACUGGAUUAGGUGUUUUGAGCACAAAUUUUGUACUCCAAGUACUGAGUAAAAGUAAACUUCUAUGACCGAAAGUUUAGAUGUAUUGUAUUUGUGUUUUGUGUUGUGUAUCGGUAUCGAUGCACACAUCUUCCAACUUGUAUAAUUUAUUCUUGUCUGUGUAUCAUUGUCAUUUCCAAGCGAUACAAUAUAUUAUACAGCAGUUUGAUUAAAAAAAAGCCUAGGUCUACAGCUUCAAUUUUUUUGUUACACAGAUACAAGACUACGAUAUAUAUUUUGAAUUCGCAAUAUAUUUCUUUUAUAAUAAUGACUGCUUGGUUCGAUUUUAA